AUGACGAAUCAAGUUGAACAACAAACGGCCGUGGCUGCUCUACGCGCCCAGUUGGCUGAGCCCGACAAGAUCGUUGUGUGUCCUGGUGUAUAUGAUGGAUUUACAGCUCGUAUGGCUCUUAAAGCUGGCUUUGACUGUUUAUACAUGACUGGAGCCGGCACAACCAUAUCAAGGCUGGGAAUGCCAGACCUUGGCAUUGCCACUCUCAACGAUAUGAAAGAAACAGCUUCUAUGAUUGCUUCGUUAGACCAGAGUGUGCCCCUCAUCGCAGAUGCAGACACUGGUUACGGUGGCCCUGUAAUGGUUGGACGCACUGUUGCACAAUACAUGCAAGCCGGCGUAGCCGCGCUGCAUCUGGAAGACCAAGUCCAGUCCAAGCGCUGCGGCCAUCUCUUGAACAAGCAACUUGUCUCCGAAGAAGAAUUCUUGUCUCGAAUCCGAGCUGCAGUGCUGGUGAGAAAUCAGCGUGUGGGGGACAUUCUCAUCAUAGCUCGCACCGACGCUUUACAAUCCAAGGGCUAUGAAGUAGCAAGAGACCGGCUCAAGGCAGCCGUUGCUGCUGGAGCGGAUAUCGCCUUUCUUGAGGGCAUAACAUCGAAAGAGCACGCAAAGCAGAUCUGCUUGGAUAUGGCGCCUACUCCUGUCCUGUAUAACAACGUGCCUGGAGGAGUGUCCCCUGACUUUUCUGUCCAAGAGGCCAAAGAACUUGGCUUUAAGCUGAUUAUAUAUCCCGGAUUAUGCCUUCAGCCUGUUUUCGAAGCGGUCACAAAGGCCAUGGAAACGCUCAAAGAGGCUGGAGCACCUCCAAAAACUGACUUCAACAGUACCGGUUCUCCCAAGUUGGUUUUUGAAGCGGUGGGAUUACAGGAAUGUAUCAGCCUUGACAAGGCAGCAGGAGGUGCAUCAUACGACGGUGGAGUGUAA